AUGCCGCUCACUAACAUCAUCCCUCAAAUAGAAAGACGCAAACGACAAGUAGAAAAUGAUAUUGUUGACUUCCGACCUUAUAUGCAACCUGUAGCCAAUCAGAUGCAUUGUGGGGGUUGUUGGGCAUUCGCUAUGACCGCUGUUCUGGAAGGCUUCUUUACAAUCAAUAAUCAUGACAUUCCAGCACUAUCUGUGCAACAAUUGCUCGAUUGUGAUCGAACUAUGAGCUCUGAAUUUGGCUUGAGCAAUUUGGGUUGUGGUGGAGGCUAUUUUCAGGUAGCAAUAGAAUACCUGAAAAAGAAAGGACUUACAUCAAAUGAGGCUUAUCCGUUCAACGGGGAGUCUUCCUCAAGCUGUCAGCUCCUCACACCACCAGAGAUACCUCGGAUGAAGAGUUACGAUGCCGGAUACGUUUUUGCAAACAACGAAACCUUUGAUGCUCUGGAUGCGGCUAUGGAAGAGCGCGUACGCCGUGGCCCUGUUGCUGUAGGAAUAGCGGUAAACUCCAAUAUCUACAGCUAUUCUGAAGGAGUAUUUGAUGGCACAUGUGGUGCAACGAUUAAUCAUGCAGUCGUAAUCGUUGGGUUUACAUCUCAGUACUGGAUUGUUAGAAACAGUUGGGGUCCAUCUUGGGGUGAAAAUGGUCAUAUACGAAUUCUCCGUCAUUCGGGAGAUCCUUGCAAACUCACGCAAUAUUGGGCUCAACCUACCGAAAUUGGGACUUACCCGCAAGCAUCUUCUGGAACUGGAAAUGCUAUCGUAGUGCCAAACGGAACAGCUGGUACCACGGAAACUACAUCGCAUGAGUGCUGUGAUGGAGAAUGCUGCGAGUGGUGCGAUUGCGGAGAUGAAGACGAUGAGGAGUACUUUACCAGUGAAGAACAAAAAUUUUUGGAAACUUCAGCCACUAUGAUGGAAGUGACGACGACAUCCGCUCUUGACAGCACCACAUUAGAGCCUACCACUUCAAAAACAACUGGAAAACCAAUUAAAACAACGAGAAGUGAACGUAAAUGGGUAUUUCAAGAAGUUUGGUUCAACCAAGGCUAG